AUGAGCGGCAUGACGCUCGGAACGCUGGUCAUUGAGGCGGGCGCUCGCAGCGGCGCGCUCAUUACAGCCCGUCAGGCGUUGGAGGAGAAUAGAGAAGUGUUCGCUGUGCCGGGAAGUAUAUUUUCGCCCAACAGCGAAGGCACGAACCGACUCAUCAGGGAGUCGGCGGCAAAGUUGGUGACUGCAUGCGAAGACGUUCUCGAGGAGCUGAAUCUAUCGGCGGUGGCGCAGCAAAUUGAGAUGGCUGCGCUGUUUCCUGAAGACGAGAACGAAGCCGAGUUGUUGCGAUACAUCACGUUCGAUCCAGUUCAUGUUGAUGAUGUAUGUCGCAGUUCGGGCAGGUCUGCGCCCGAUGUCAGCAGUACGCUGGCGAUGAUGGAACUUAAAGGACUGGUCAGGCAGGUCGGAGGCAUGAACUAUGUCAGAUUGCGCGAAGUCUCCGGCGAAUACUCAGUAAGCGCAGUGUGA